GAGGGAUUCCCAGGAAGCUCAACUUUCAUACCCCCGGGCAGAAUCCACAGCUCCGGGCAGGGCUGCGGGCAAAGCUGCAGACAGCAUCCUCCAGGUGUGAGCAUCCCUCAGCUUCCCUUCAGCGAUGGGAGAGGCCGUCCUGCUGCCCGGGAGCUGCUGCCACCCCCGGGGAGCUGCCAGCGGCCGUGCUGAGCCGGCUGGCUGCAGGAUGAGCCUCACCAGCACCGCUCCAGCCACCAGCGUGGCCCAGGCUUUCUUCUGCCUCCUGCUCUGCAUCCCCCGGGGCAGCUGCUGCCCCCCCAGCUGCCAGUGCACGGAGCGGGCGGGGGCGAAGGCCGUCCUCUGCAGCUCCCGGCACCUGGAGGAGAUCCCCCGGGACAUCCCCAGAGACGUGGUGUUCCUCAAGCUGGACGCCAACAGCAUAACCAGGAUCCCCGGCAACGCCUUCGGGCACCUCUCCCACCUGGAGGAAAUCGACCUCUCCGGGAACGCCAUCGAGAAGAUCGACGGGGCGGCUUUCAAAGGCGUGGCGGCCGGGCUGCGGAGCCUCGACCUCUCCGGCAACCGCAUCCGCAGCAUUCCCAAGGAGGCGCUGCUGGCGCUCAAGGCCAAGCUCCGGCUGGCCAACAACCCUUGGCACUGCGAGUGCGCCUUGCAGGAGGUGCUGUGGGAGGCGCGGCUGGACCCCGACUCCGUGCGGGACAUCACCUGCCACACGGCCCCGCGGGAGGAGUACGUGGGCAAGCCGCUGCUCCAGGUCCUGGACGCCGGCGUCAACUUCUGCAGCGUGCGCCAGAGGACCACGGACGUGGCCAUGUUCGUCACCAUGUUCGGCUGGUUCGCCAUGGUCAUCGUGUACGUCAUCUGCUACGUGCGGCACAACCGGGAGGACUCCUGCCGGCACGGGCACUACCCGAGCUCGCUGCCGAGCGCCCCGGGCCGCGCAGACACCACCAGCACCGCCCUGUAGUGCGGGGAGCGGGUGCCGCCUGCCAGGCUCCUCACGGGGAGCCGGGGGCACCUUGGAAGGCAUCAAAGCUUCUUGGCGGGACCCCCCAGUGCUUUCUUCAGACGGGGGCCGCCAGUGUCCCCUCGCCAGCCACACUGGAGCGAGCGUGAGCGAACGACGUGGGGGAGAGACCCCCCGUGGGUCUGUCCGUGGAGAUCGGGCUCCUGGGACAAACAUCCCCGGCCAGACUCAUUUUCCCUACCAGAGCUGGGCUCGCAGGGAAUGCAGCCCCAGUCACGGGCUUGUGGUUGGGAGAGAACAAGUCCCCGGCAGGGAGAGAUGGGGACAGAGAGGAGUUGUGGGGCCAGGAGGUCCCUGGGGUGCAGAGGGGUCACCCCAUCCCGGCUCCAGCCUCGGAGGGCAGGACAUCCUCCCCACGGCCCCGGCUCCUUGGCAGCCUCUGCCCGCCUCCAGCGACGCUGGGGGCGG